AUGCAAUAGUAAUAUCCCAUUCAACAUAUAAAAGACAAAUACAUGAUCAAGUAAAUAUUUAUACUAAAAUUAGUAUGAAUGGAAAUAACAUAUUACAAGGUAGUAGUCGAUUAUCCUUAUAAUAUGAUGAAAGACCUACAGAAUAAAGAAAAAGAGAAGAACAAAAAUAAGAGAUAUUUUAUUAUAGAGAUUUAUGUGAACAAUUGAAUAAAGAGAAUUUGCUACUUAAAUCAUUCCAAAUAGAAAAUAACGAAUUAAAGCAAAAAUAAUUGCUUAUUAAUGUUGAGUUAUCAGCUGCUUAAUAGGAACUCUCAAGGAUUAGAAACCAAUUUGGAUCUCAAUAAUCAACUGAUAAAUAUGUAUAAAAAAUUCAAUAAGGUAUUUAUACUAGUGAUAUUUUAGAUAAUGUAAAUUUGUAAUAAUAAAUUAAUGAGUUAAAUAAAUAUAAACAGAAUUUAGAGACAGAAUUGAAAUUAUUUAAAGAAAACCGUUUAACUUAAACAAUUGAAAUAUAAGAUACAACUUUUUCAUAAUAUUAGAAGAAAAUAAAAGAAAUGGAAGAAGAUAUUUAAAUUUUAAUAAAUGAUUAUAGUCAAAGUUAAGAAAAAUUAGAAAAGGCCUUGAAUGAAUAAAAACAGUAAUCUAAAUAUGAUAUUGAUUAAAUGAAAAGUUAAAUCUAAUUGUUAUCUGCAUAGAUAUAAGGAUGGUAAUAAAGGUAUGAGAAUUUAGAAUUAAUGAAGAAUGAAUUAGAGAAUAAAUUAAUAAUUCUAGAAAAAGAAAAUUAAUAAUUAGUUUAUAAAAGUAGAUAUGAUGAAUCAUAGGCUAAUUUAGAUGUUGUAUCUUAAUUUAAAGAUUAGAUUUACUAAUAAAACAAAUAGAUUACUAAUUUAAAAGCAGAAUUAUAAUAGAAAUCAUAGAGUGAAUCAUAAUUAAUAAAAGAAUAAUAAAAUUUGAAAUAGAAACUUGAUUAAUUUCAGAAUUAUACAAAUAAUUAUUCAUAAAUAGAAAAUCAAGAGUAAAAAAAUGAAAUUUCCAAAUUGAAAUAACUUAUAGAAUAAUUUUAAUUAGAAAUUGAAAAUUUAAGAACUAAAUAAUCAAAUCUUUAUUAAAAUUAAACUAAAUUAUCUUAAAAAGAAGUCUAAUAAUAAAUUAACUCUUAUUUAGAAGAGAUUGAAAGGUUAAAAAGUGAAUUAUUUUUUCAGCAAGAGUAACACACUAAAUAAUUAAAAGAUUAAGAAAAUAUUUAUUAAAUUGAACUUAAAAGUGUAAAUGAUAAAUGUAUUUUGUUACAAAAGGAGAUUUAUUAAAAAAGUUAAUCUUAGGAUGAGAGUAGAUUUACAUUUUAAACAUAAUUAGAAGUUAAUAAUUAAGAAGCAUAAAUUGAUAAAUUAAAAAGGGAUAUUCAAUAAUUGAUUGAAUAAAGAUAAGAGGAUGAUAUUUAGAUUAAAUUUUGGUAAGAUAAAUUUUGUGAAUAACAGACAUAAAAUGAAGACUUGAUGUAUAAAUAUCAAGAACUUCGCAAUCAAAUCAGUUAAUAUCUCAUUUAUAAAACUUAAAAUGAAUAUGAUUAAAUUACAAUUAAAAAUUUAGAAGCUUUGGUAGAAGAAUAAUAAAAUAUAAUGCAUUCAUUAUACUAAAAAGAAUUAAAUUAUAAAGAAACUAUCACAUAAUAUUAGAAAAAAAUUGAAGAAUUAUAGUUCAAAAAUAAUAAUGAGUCUGAAAAUCAAUUAUAAUAGUUAUAAUUUUAAAUAGAUGAUUUAAAAAUAAAGAUAAGAGAAUUAGAAGCUCAAUUAAAUAUUAAAUCUACAAAAUGUUUUGAUUUAGAGACACAAAUUGAAAUUGAAAAAUUGAAGUUUUCAGAAAGAGAAACAUUAUUUUCUUAAUAAUCAAAGUAAGAUAAAAAGAGAAUUCAAUAAUUAGAAUUACAAUUGGAGAAUUCUUAAAAAGAUAUUACUUUAUUAAAUCAGAAGAAAAAUGAAGUUAUCAAAGAAUAUAUAUAGGUAGAAAAUUAAUAGGAUUAAGAGAGAAUUAUAUUAUUAGAAUAAUCUUUAUAAAAUCUUUAAUAGGAGUACCUUAUAAUGAAAGAAUAGUAUAUUGGUCUUCAAAAUUAAUAUAAUAUUUAAAUUAUGAAAGAUUAAUUGAACUAAGGAUUAUAGGAUGAUAAAAAUAAAAUAAAAUAGCUAGAAGAAUAAUUAAAAAUUCUAAAAGAACAAUACUUUGAGUUGAAUACUUUGAAAUAAUAAGUAUUAAAGGAAGUGGUUAAGGAAAUUAUUGAAUUGCCAUCACAAAGUGAUUAAAUAUUAAUUAAAUAAUUGAGAUAAGAAUUACAAUAAUUACAAUCAGAGUAUAUGAUAUUAAAUACUCAAAAGUAAAAUUAUAUUGAGAUUUAAUCUGAAAUAGAUAAAAAUCGAAUUAAAGAAUUAGAAAAAUAAUUAAUUACUUUAAGGACUGAUUAUGAUGAAGUUUGUAAUAGGAAAUAAUCCCCAAUAACAGAAUAUGUAGAAGGUUCUUCAAAAUAAGAUUUGUUAAGAAUCCAAUAAUUUGAGUAGAUGGUUCAAUAAUUAUAAGAUGAAAAUUUCAAAUUAAAAAUUUAAUAUACUGAACAAAUAAAAAAAUCAGAUAUAAUUAAUUAAGAUUUAGAAUAUAUUUAAGAACUUUAAAAAUAAUUAACAUCAUUAAAAUAGGAAAAUAAAAAUUUACAGUUCUAAUUGAAUUAAUAGAAUGAAUCAUUGAGAAAAUCAUAAAGUUAAGAAUUUUUGACAAUUUAAUAAUUAGAAUAAAAAAUUAGAAUUUUAGAAUAGAAUAAUUUAGAAUUAUCAAAUAAGUAAUCUUAAAUUAAAGUUGUUAAAGAAACCAUUGAAGUAAGUAAAGAUGAAGAUAUAUUUAAAAUAUCAUAGUUAGAAUUAUAAUUGUAAUUAAAAACAGAUGAUAUUUAAUAUUUGGAAAAAUAAUUAAGUUUAUAAAAGAAAAAUGUUGAGGAAUUAAUUUCUGCAAAUGAAAAAAUGAAGUAUGAGAAUACAAAAAUGAGAUAAUAAUUAUAUGAAUUAUAAUCAUCAGUUGAUGAUAUGUAAUUAAAGAUUAAAGAGUAUAAUUAGGUUUAAGAAGAAAUAAUAUAGUACAAAUAAAUGAUUAGUUAAUAUGAAUAAAGAGAUAAAUUUAAAAAUGAUUCAUAAGAAGUGAUUAGUGAACUUAAGAGAAAAUUAAAUGAAUCUGAAAAUCAAAUUAAAAGAUAAUGGGGAGAAUUUGAAUUGAGUAAACAAGAUUACGAGUUUAAAAUAAAAAGUUAAGAAACUAAAAAUAAUUAAUAGAUUUAAUAAUUAUAAUAAGAAUUUUAAUUAAAAUAAAAAUAAAAAGAUGAUGAAUAUUUAAUAUGCAAAAAUAAUUGUAAAUAGAUUUAAAUGUAAAAUGAUGAAAUACAAAAAGAAAUUAAUAGAUUAUCAGAUUUGAUAAAAUAAAAGAAUGAUGAAAUAAAAAAAUAAAAUGAGAAAAUAUAAUCUUAUACAGUAAAACUUGAAUAACACUACUCAAAUUUAAAAGAAAAUUAAACAUAAAUCUAAGAUUAUGCUUAAUAACAAGAAAAAAUGACUUAAUUAAUGUAACAUUGCAAUAAAUUAGAAAAUGCUUUGAAAUAAUUUAAUGAGGAAAAGAAAAUUGAGAAUCUUGAAUUACAUGAACAAUUUAAUAAAAAAAUUAUGGAAAUACAAGAUAUUAUAUAAAAAAAAGAUAAUGAAAUUUAAUAAUUGUCUAAUUAUAUAGCAAAUUAGCAAGAAUAAAUCUAAAACCAAGAGAAUAAUAAAAAUUUAAUAACAAAAUAAAAUGAGUAUAUAUUUUUGUAAAUUUAGUAAUUAACAAUUUUUGAUAGAUUUAUAGAACUAACUUAGUAUAGUAAAACAAGAAUUAUUGAGAUAAACAACUUUGAAAGAAGAAUAUUAAAAUAAAAAUAAUGAAUUAAUAUUAAAAGUACAUUUAUUAUAUAUUAUCAUAUUUAGAUUGCAGAAUAUGAGAAAGGGAACCGAAUUUCAAUAAAACCUGAUUAUUAGAGAACCGAAAAACUUUAGGGUUCAAGUAGUUUUAGAAAUUUAGCUACUGCUACUAUUGACUUCAAUCAAAAUGAUUCACAAUUUUAGAAUGUAAGUUAAAUGAGAAUAAGAGAAUCAACUCGUUUAUAAAAUUCUAAACCAAAUAAUUUUAAUCCUCUAAAUUCAUUUGUAAAUAUAUAUCUUUAAAUAGAAUAGAUAAUUAAAUAAUAAUUCUUUACUUAAAAGAAGGGUUGA